AUGGCUGACCAGGGCAAGGCCUCAGCAGGUUUCCUGGGCUCGUUGUCGCCGUGGAGCCGUAGCAGCACGCCUACUCCCAAAUCGCCACAAGUGAAAUCUCAGCCAAAGCCCGAGGGAUUGCGCCAGGCUCCCGGUCUUGAUCACGCUGUCAAUAUAUAUCGACCUUCGCCGAGCUUGAAGAAGUACCCACGUGACUGUCCACCGAUCGUUGCUAAGUGGUACUAUGCUGUAGAUGUUGCGAAGCGGAAAACUUUGGCAACUCAAGACUCGGCCACUGACAACACCAAGACAGCGGGCGUCCCAAAGAAGUAUGUUCAAUUUUCAGACCAAGACUCUGAAAAGCUUGAAGCUGCGUUCCUAUCCCUUGAUAAGGAUGAUUCCGCCGAUGAUGACUCCUCUCCGACUGCGACAGCCGUUGCGGUGAAUGAGGAUGGUCUCUUCGAUGUGCACGUUGAACGGCGCGAGCUGGAGCCCGCAUACUGGCUCGGUCCCGUCUACGAGGUCAGGCGCGGCAGCUGGUUCUUCCAGGAUUCAACCACAGUCUUGAAGCCCGCUGACGAGAAUCUUGCGAAUCAGCUUGAAGAAGGCUAUUUGAAGGUUAUGCCUUGGCGGAAUCCAGCGUCCGCCAGAUCACAGUCCCAGCCACGGCCUCGACCUAAAUCUCAAUUGCUCGAGCAACAGGACGCGCCGAGAACCGAUGGGACAGCGACCCCGACUGAAGUACAGUCUACCACCCAGCAACAAGGCAAUACGUAUCGCUUGUUUGGCUCGUGGAUGCACACAAUGGUCACUUAUCAGGAUGCGAACGUUGCAUAUCUAGACAGGACAGAUGACUUUGUUUCGAGGAUGAGUUCCACACUCUGGUCCAACCUUGGCAGUCGUGGCGGACUCAAAGUCAUUCGUGGCUACGUCGACCCAAGUGCAAAGCCGGCCGACAAAGCUAGUACAGCAGACAAGCGAAGGUCCCAGCAGAAUGUUCCUGAGCCUGAAGCCUCGAAGGAAGAUGGCGACAGACCUCCCGAGAAGCCCAAGAAGCGCAACGCGCUCGAGAGACAAAUCUCGUCAUUGGCGGGUAUAGCGCAGGGAGUGGAAAGCUCAAAGGAGGCUGAGCAAGACGCCCAAGCAGAGCAGCAACAAGAAAUGGAGGAUGCAAGAGAGAAAGACGGCGAAGACCCAGACCGACCUAUCGAUCAUCUUGUCCUCGUCACACAUGGCAUUGGACAGCGUCUCGGACUGCGACUGGACAGCGUAAACUUUGUUCACGAUGUCAACACUAUGCGCAAAACCAUGAAGGCAGUGUACGCUGCUAGCCCAGACUUACAAGCUGUAAGCGGCGACCCGAAGAAUUGUCGUGUCCAAGUUCUGCCCGUCUGCUGGCGCCAUCUGCUGGACUUUCCAAAGCAGAGCCUCAAACACAACAGAAAGGAGUUCGAUCUUGGCGACGCCGACGAUCCGUUUGACGAGGAAUACCCUUCGCUCCAAGACAUCACGGUCGAUGGCGUCCCAGCUGUCCGCAAUCUGCUCACCGAUCUCGCAAUGGACAUCCUACUGUAUCAAAGCGCUUACCGAGAGCACAUUGCAUCAAUCGUGAAGCAAGAGUGCAAUAGGGUCGUCGCUCUGUUCAAGAAGCGUACAGGCUUCAAUGGACGCGUCAGCUUAUGUGGCCACUCCCUGGGAAGUGCUGUGUACUUCGAUCUGCUUUGUCGUCAAGACGAUGCGGUCAAAACGCGACCAAGGCGGGUGUCAAGCAGAACGUCGAAAGGUCCCACACUAGAAGUGCCAGACCUGAAGUUCGACUUCCCUGUCCACGAAUUCUUUGCUCUGGGCAGCCCGAUUGCCUUGUUCCAGAUGCUGAAAGGUCGAACAAUCGCCGGAAGGAAUUCAAUGCCAACCCGAGACCUAGCCUUCUCUCCUUUCGACCCCGACCCAGUCGGAAAAGACCCGUUCGAGAAUACCUCUGCCAGCUCGGCUCGCUCGAAGGAGCUGAUCCCCAUCACAACAUCCUCGCCACUUAUGCUCGGCGACUUCUACAACAUCUUCCAUCCUACCGAUCCGAUCGCUUACAGAAUAGAACCACUGAUAUCGCCCGCAAUGGCAGGUCUAACACCGCAGGCACUACCCUAUACGAAGAAGGGGCUCUUCGGUGCACCUGGCAUUGCGAACAUAACUCAAAAGGUCGGCCAGUCAGUCAUGUCCUCCUGGUAUGGAUUGACUUCGGGCGUCGCCUCAAGCCUCAUCAAUCGAAGCCUAGGCAUUACGGGAGAAGACCAAGCUCUGCCGCAAGACAAGCCCAAGGCACAAGCUAUCACACUGCCCAACGGUACUGUCGUGGCAGGCGGGCCUAAAACCCCAAUCGCAGAUGGCAAAAAACAGGAGGACCUAGCGGAGACAGCCGACAGAUCUGACGAAGUGCUCAUCGACAGCAACAUUGAAACACUCUACAGCGGCUUUCAAAAGCGCAGACGCUCCCAAGCCAGCAACGCGGCGUCGGCGGCGGGCGAUGAAGACUCAACAGUCAAGCCAGCCGUCGACCCCGAGCUCGAGCAGGAGCGCAUCAAGAAGCUGAAGCGUGAGGAGGCCAAAGUGAAGGCGCUGAAUAGCAAUGGUCGUGUUGAUUAUGCUAUUCAGGAGGGCAUGUUUGAUGUCAGUUUGCUGGCGAGUAUAGCCUCGCACCUUAGCUACUGGGCUGAUGAGGAUGUCCAUCACUUCAUGUUGGGACAGAUGCUCACUCAUGGAAAGAGAGGGAAGACGGACAGGGGCGAGACGGGCAGUGGACCACAGAUCAGUGACAAGGAUGUUGAUGCAUUGAGCGGUGACAUUGCUAAUGCUUUGUGA